AUGUCGGUAACUAAUAAUCCUCAAUGGCCUUGCGAAAGAUGUACCUUUAUUAACCGAGGAAUUGAUUUAACCUGUUCAAUGUGCUUUCUUACCAGAACAAAUGCUAAAGAUUUACCAGUUCAGUGGGAAUGGAGGGCUAACGCAGAUCAAUGGCUUCCAUACGAUUUGGCAUGUGCAGCGGAAUUAGAAGAAGCUUACCAAAAUAAAAAAACAGUUAUAACACCAAGAAAAGGAUAUUUUUCAUCAAUACGUGACACUUAUGAAAUCAGGUUUAAUUAUUCUACUGGAAGAUUUGUACAGUAUAAUAUUGUUGGUGGAGGAACAAGAAGGGUUAGAAGAGUUGCAAGUGACGAUAAUUCUAUUUUACAACCCGUUGAGUAUGAUACAGUUACAUCAGAAGAUAGUUGUAUUAUAUGUUUAGAUGGUUUUCAAGAUCCAAAUACAAUUACUGCUGAUCAACAUGCAGUCAAACUUCCUCCUUGUCGUGGACAUUAUUUUCACAGAUCGUGUGUAGCAGCCUCUUCUUUAUGA